AUGUCUAACAAGAUUGUCAUCAUUUCCGGCGCCUCUACGGGGUUUGGUGCCCUCGCCGCACGCCUGGUAGCUCAAAACGGUCAUACCGUCUACGCCGGCGUGCGCCAGCACGAGACAGAGCAAAUAUCAGCCGCCAAAGCAUUUGCAGACGAGCACAAAGUUGACCUACGUACCCUCGUCCUCGACGUAACUGAUAACAAUAGUGUCGAGGGCGCAAUCGAGCGUGUGAUUAGUGAAUGUGGGCGUAUCGACGUACUUCAUCACAACGCAGGGGUAUCCCUAAUGGGUCCGGCCGAAGCAUUCACACCUGAGGAGAUCAUGAAGUACUUUGAUGUGAAUGUUCUCGGUGCCCAAAGAAUCAACCGUGCCGCACUGCCGCAUAUGCGCAAGGCGCGCACCGGGCUCAUCUUGUGGACAUCAUCAUCGAGCGUCAAAGGUGGCGUGACCCCUUUUGUUGGCCCUUACUUUGCGACAAAGGCGGCCAUGGACUCGUUGGCUGUUUCGUACGCAGGGGAGCUGUCACGCUGGGGGAUCGAGACCAGUAUCGUUGUGCCGGGCGUUUUCCCGAAGGGCACCAACAUGUUCCAAAUUCUCGGCCGACCUGAUGACAAAGAGCGCGAAGCGGCAUACAUGGAGGGCCCUUACAAGGGUUUUGUUGAACAGUUUAUGAAGGGCGUCGCGAGGAUAUUACCGCAGGACACCGAUGCAUCCGAGGUGGCCGAGUUGAUGGCGAGGAUCGUUGAGUUGCCGCAUGGACAAAGGCCCUUCAGGGUUCACCUUGAUCCCAGUAAUGACGGAUCCGAAGUGGUGAGCGCCAUGGCAGACAGAGUGCGAGCCGAAAUGAUGCGUAAUCUAGGAAAAGUUGUACUUGUGACAGGUGCCAAUACCGGUCUUGGCUACCAGAUUGUCAGAGCCAUCUGUGCUUCCGAGACUCUCUAUGAGGCUGUGGUCGGCGGCAGAUCACUCGCCAAGGCUCCGCGUUCGAGCAGGUAA